AUGCUCGGCUCUUUCGUCGCCGUAAGCGGUGUUUUGGUCAUCGCCUUCUUCGUCUACGACGCCUACACAUACAACGAAGACCCUGUCGCGGUUGAUAUUCCCGUCUCAGAACUCGCGCUGAGCCCGAGGAGAGGAGGACCGAAGAACCUGCCCAUCGCCGAUCACUUCGUUGACGACGAUGAAUGUCCUGAGAAUAAGAAGCUCAAGCACAAGCCAAAGUUGGUUAUACUAGGUACGGGAUGGGGCAGCGUGCCACUUCUAAAGCAGUUGAACCCGGACGAAUACCAUGUUGUCGUCAUAUCGCCAUCGAAUACCUUCCUCUUCACGCCCAUGCUGCCGUCUGCCACCGUAGGAACAUUGGAGCUGCGAUCUCUUGUCGAACCAGUCCGAAAAAUUGUCAGGAGAGUACGCGGUCAUUUCCUCAAAGCCAAGGCUGAAGACGUUGAGUUCUCGGAGAAGCUCGUCGAGUGUUCAGCUGUAGAUGCUCACGGACAGGUGCAAAGGUUCUAUGUUCCUUAUGAUAAGCUGGUUAUCGGUGUCGGAUCUGUCUCAAACUCUCAUGGUGUCAAAGGUCUCGAGCACUGCCAUUUCCUCAAGAAUAUCAGCGAUGCUAGACUCAUCCGCAACCAGGUCGUAAAAAACCUUGAACAAGCAUGCUUACCUACAACAUCAGACGAGGAAAGGCGAAGGCUCCUGUCAUUCGUGGUUUGUGGUGGUGGACCCACUGGAGUAGAGUUUGCGGCUGAGCUCUUCGACAUGCUCAACGAGGACCUUUGCAAGCUCUAUCCAAAACUUCUGCGCAACGAGAUUUCCGUCCAUGUCAUUCAAUCCCGCAGUCACAUUCUGAACACCUAUGAAGAGGCGCUAUCCCAGUACGCUGAGCAACGGUUCGCACACGACUCGGUUGACAUUCUCACAAACUCGCGCGUCAAGGAGGUUCAACCCGACAAGAUCCUCUUCUCGCAAAAGGAUGACAGUGGCAAGGUUGUAGUGAAGGAAAUUCCCAUGGGCUUCUGCCUGUGGUCAACUGGUGUCGCACAGACCGACCUCUGCAAGCGUCUCGCCGCCAAACUAGACGGCCAGAACAACAAGCACGCCCUGGAAACCGACACCCACCUUCGUCUGAACGGCUCACCCCUUGGUGAUGUCUACGCUAUUGGUGACUGUGCAACCGUCCAGAACAACGUCUCUGAUCACAUCGUAAACUUCCUCCGCACCACCGCCUGGGAGAAGGGUAAGGACCCUGAGAAGCUGCAGAUCUCGUACUCGGACUGGCGCGGUAUUGCCAAACGCGUCAAGCAGCGUUUCCCGCAAGCAGCAAACCACCUUCGCCGCCUAGACAAGCUCUUCGAACAAUACGACAAGGACAAGUCUGGUACUCUGGACUUUGGCGAGCUUAGAGAGCUGCUGUUCCAAAUUGACUCAAAGCUCACAUCCCUACCCGCCACCGCCCAACGCGCAAACCAACAGGGCGAAUACCUCGGUCGCAAGUUCAACAAGAUCGCUCAGGCAGCUCCUGGCAUGACGCUCAACAACGUUGAUUACGGUGACCUGGACGAUGCGGUAUACAAGCCGUUCGAGUACAAGCAUCUUGGUAGCUUGGCCUACAUUGGUAACGCAGCCAUCUUCGACUACAAUGGCUAUGGAUUGAGUGGUGGUCUGCUAGCUGUCUACCUGUGGAGGGGUGUUUACUUCGCGCAAAGUGUCAGUUUCAGGACGAGGUGCUUGCUUGCCAUGGAUUGGACCAAGAGAGCGCUUUUUGGACGAGAUUUGAUGAACUUCUAA